UCUUUUGUUCUAACGCUAGUAUUAGUCUCCGUCUUUUGUUCUAACGCUAGUAUUAGUCUCCGUCUUUUGUUCUAACGCUAGUAUUAGUCUCCGUCUUUUGUUCUAACGCUAGUAUUAGUCUCCGUCUUUUGUUCUAACGCUAGUAUUAGUCUCCGUCUUUUGUUCUAACGCUAGUAUUAGUCUCCGUCUUUUGUUCUAACGCUAGUAUUAGUCUCCGUCUUUUGUUCUAACGCUAGUAUUAGUCUCCGUCUUUUGUUCUAACGCUAGUAUUAGUCUCCGUCUUUUGUUCUAACGCUAGUAUUAGUCUCCGUCUUUUGUUCUAACGCUAGUAUUAGUCUCCGUCUUUUGUUCUAACGCUAGUAUUAGUCUCCGUCUUUUGUUCUAACGCUAGUAUUAGUCUCCGUCUUUUGUUUUCACUUCUAAGCCACGUUCAUUUUCGAGUGUUUUUGUCGUGAACAAACACUGACUUUGGCAAUCUAGAAGUUGUAGCUAAAUACAGCGAGAAAAUGUAACGUAAAUGAUGUGUUGUCCAAAUAUAGUUUAAUUAUCUAGGACAUGCUGUGCCUGCUCCCCUCCAAGUCGCACAGUCAAAAACGGCUGGGAAUAAUGUGGAACAGGAAUCUAUUCAAUAACAAGGUUUCCAACAUACAACAGAGUUGUUUAUCGGCAGAAUAAGAUACCAGAUCCACAAGAAGAAUGUUUCAGCUUGGAAGCCAGCUGGCCCAGUUUCACUUCUCCACAGGACCCAGUACUGCUAUUGCAGGUGCCGAAGGAGACAGUAGACAGCCUACCCUAACAGUACAGGACUUUAUCCAACAUGUCAGGAAACUUGGCGGACUGAAAAAAGAGAACAUUUUCUGCGACCUACGAGUUCCGACCCAGUUUCAAACCACCAAGGCAGACGACAUCGACCUCGUCAUCCUCACAGGUCACGGGGUGUUCUGCAUCGACGUGAAGCCCUGGAGAGGAACGGUGUCUUCCCAGCGGCAGCAAUGGCACGUCCAGUUCAAAGAACAGCACCACAACUUUACCAACACCUCCAUAGAACAGGUGGCUGACCCCCUUGAGGCCGUCAUGACCAAGACAACUAACCUGUGGCAGUACCUGAGGAGGAGCGGCCUGUCGGUGCGUCAGGAGCUCUUCCUUCCCAGGCUAGUCUUCCUCGCCCCAGACUGCCAGCUGGAUGAAGAGUUGAGGAAGAGGAGGGAGCUGGUCUCCCACAGUCAAAUAGAUGAGUUCCUCCACUCCUUCAGAGAGGGCUAUGUAGCCUGGAUAUCAGACGCCCUGACUCCUGCCUGGCUGUCUGGUCACCUGUCAUACCGUCAGAUAGGGGAGCUGAAACAAGUGGUGAGGAAAAUGGGGACCUGGGACCUGGUCAGACUACAGGGAGGAGAGCAGCUCAAGGGAGACUUCCGGAGCUGUCCUUACAUCGCUCUGAACCGCCAGGAGACUGACACCAUGGAGUUCUUUAAGAUCAAAACCCUGUCUGCUAAUUCGCUGUGGGCUCUGCUGGGACACGCCCCUCAGGUGACAGUGAAGAUGUAUAAACGUGGAGCUCCAGGCUGGCUGGGGAAGCCCCUGACGUCCACCAGCACCAUCCCCCACAACACACAGGUCAUCUUCCGGAUCAACGGAGAGGAAACGGACGCCAGGAUCCCCGCUAACACCAUCCAAAGCAUCACACUCAGCAUAUGACUCUUUUUACCCAUGGUUACGGCCCAAAUGUCACCCUAUAUAGGACACUACUUUUAGUGUCACCCUAUAUAGUACACUACUUUUAGUGCGCUGGUAUAUGGACUAGGGUGCCACUUUGGGAUCCAUCACAGACAGUGGAUCUGUAUGAGAAACUAGCCUGUUCUCCACGGUCUGCAGGUUUUAGGUGUGUGUGCAGUUUUCUAAACUACCAGGUUAGGUAUCUGUUGAAUCAGACUCUAUUUAAACUAGUUUUUUGGCCCUUAAGACCAGAAGGGCAAAGGGAUUGUUGGUAACUGAAGGACCCUGUAGUCCGGCUUCAGGGACCUCCUCCUAUACUAGUUAUCUCACAACAAUAACAAUAUAUACCUGCUGUUUUUAAUUAUGUAUAUGAGUACCUUUUUAUCACAUGGAUCACUUAGUUGUGGUCCACAGCCUCCUGCAGGCCACCAAACAUCCCUUACCCACAGCCUCCUGCAGGCCACCAAACAUCCCUUACCCACAGCCUCCUGCAGGCCACCAAACAUCCCUUACCUGCAGGCCACCAAACAUCCCUUACCCACAGCCUCCUGCAGGCCACCAAACAUCCCUCAACCACAGCUACACAGCCUCCUGCAGGCCACCAAACAUCCCUCCACCACAGCCUCCUGCAGGCCACCAAACAUCCCUUAUCCACAGCAUCCUGCAGGCCACCAAACAUCCCUCAACCACAGCUCCACUUGUCACCCUGUAGUCAAACCAUUGUUAUGCUGAAAAUCUGUUUCAUAAUCAGCACUUAGCCUAAUGUAAACUUCCCCUGUUCACAGACCGACUCGCCUUGUUCCAUCCGCGGUGGCCUGUCAUACUCAACGACAAUAUUAUGUUAAUGGAGAUGGUUCAGAACAAUUAGCCUGAUUAAACUUACUCUUGUUUUGAAUGAUAAUUCUAGUGUCUGGCCCCUGCCAUGAACGUAGACGUUAACUAGCCGUUAUGUCAGUUGGUUUAAUUGUGUCACCCACUACAUGGUUCAGCUGCGGAGUGUGUACCUGACGUGCUAAUUGUUACAGUUUAAAAACCGCUGUCCCUUUUAGUGUUAAUGAGGGCUGGGGAAGGUACCUGUAUUACUGACUGGCCCCUUAGUGUUAAUGAGGGCUGGGGAAGGUGCCUGUAUUACUGACUGGCCCCUUAGUGUUAAUGCGGGCUGGGGAAGGUGCCUGUAUUACUGACUGGCCCCUUGGUGUUAAUGAGGGCUGGGGAGGGUACCUGUAUUACUGACUGGCCCCUUGGUGUUAAUGAGGGCUGGGGAGGGUACCUGUAUUACUGACUGGCCCCUUAGUGUUAAUGAGGGCUGGGGAAGGUACCUGUGUUACUGACUGGCCCCUUAGUGUUAAUGAGGGCUGGGGAAGGUACCUGUAUUACUGACUGGCCCCUUAGUGUUACCUGUAUUACUGACUGGCCCCUUAGUGUUAAUGAGGGCUGGGGAAGGUACCUGUAUUACUGACUGGCCCCUUAGUGUUACCUGUAUUACUGACUGGCCCCUUAGUGUUAAUGAGGGCUGGGGAAGGUACCUGUAUUACUGACUGGCCCCUUAGUGUUAAUGAGGGCUGGGGAAGGUACCUGUGUUACUGACUGGCCCCUCAGUGUUAAUGAGGGCUGGGGAAGGUACCUGUAUUACUGACUGGCCCCUUAGUGUUAAUGAGGGCUGACGUUUUUUUGGGGGGGAGGGGCUAAUAUGCUCUUCUCUCAAGAGGAUCUUCAAGAGCUCACGUGUUCAGACCCAAACCUGUGUUCAAAUACUAUUUUUUUUAAAUAAUUUUCAGCACUUUAGCUGUGCUUGAUUUGAGCUUGCCUGUUUCAAUAGAAAAGUCCCACAAGUACAAACCUGGCACCCCAGGCAGGCUUAAGCAAACGCUUGAAGUAUUUGAAAGAUUUUCAAAUACUAUUUGAACCCAGUUCUGGCUCAACCAGGCUUGCCCAGUACCAUUUUAAUUCCUAGCUUUUAGUGGCACGACCUGUCACUCCACUGCUUUGCUAACAGCUAGCAAUUGUAUUUACUGUGUCUGGUGUUGGGCCUAAAUAAUGUUAUUUCUACCAGGAUAUCAGUGCCUUGAGCUAAUUCAGGAGGGAAAUCUCUGUGGCAUCUCGCUGACUAGCAUCUCUCUCUACCUGAAACGACACCAUACUCCACUCCAGCUCCUCACUUUCCCAAAGGUCUGUUUUUCUACAUGUGCCUGGGGGUUAGGAUGUUUGUUGGGUGUGGGAGCACUGAGCAGCACUACCCCCAUAUAUAUAAUACCUACUCUCUAUUCUCAGUGAAACCGUGGUUGCCUUGGGGGAGCCAUUUUUCCAAGACGUUUUUCAUGGUUUGUGUGUUGUUUUAUACCUAUCGGGUGUGCAUUCAGAAUGGAUGUGUUUUAAUAUGUAACUAUACCUACGUCGUACUUUCUGAAUGUGUCGUUGGGCUUUGAUAUAUGUUCUCCUACUCGGCCGACUCAAUGGCGCGUUCUCAGGAAAAUGUAUCUUUUUGAGACCCUAUCCUCCAACUAGUUUUACAAAGACAGUAGACCUGCUGUGGGACUCUAAAAGGAGAUCUACUGUAGACCUGCUGUGGGACUCUAAAAGGAGAUCUACAGUAGACCUGCUGUGGGACUCUAAAAGGAGCUCUACAGUAGACCUGCUGUGGGACUCUAAAAGGAGAUCUACUGUAGGUUUGCUGUGGGACUCUAAAAGGAGAUCUACAGUAGGUUUGCUGUGGGACUCUAAAAGGAGAUCUACAGUAGGUUUGCUGUGGGACUCUAAAAGGAGAUCUACAGUAGACCUGCUGUGGGACUCUAAAAGGAGAUCUACAGUAGACCUGCUGUGGGACUCUAAAAGGAGAUCUACAGUAGACCUGCUGUGGGACUCUAAAAGGAGAUCUACAGUAGACCUGCUGUGGGACUCUAAAAGGAGAUCUACAGUAGACCUGCUGUGGGACUCUAAAAGGAGAUCUACAGUAGACCUGCUGUGGGACUCUAAAAGGAGAUCUACAGUAGACCUGCUGUGGGACUCUAAAAGGAGAUCUACAGUAGACCUGCUGUGGGACUCUAAAAGGAGAUCUACAGUAGACCUGCUGUGGGACUCUAAAAGGAGAUCUACAGUAGACCUGCUGUGGGACUCUAAAAGGAGAUCUACUGUAGACCUGCUGUGGGACUCUAAAAGGAGAUCUACUGUAGACCUGCUGUGGGACUCUAAAAGGAGAUCUACAGUAGACCUGCUGUGGGACUCUAAAAGGAGAUCUACAGUAGACCUGCUGUGGGACUCUAAAAGGAGAUCUACAGUAGACCUGCUGUGGGACUCUAAAAGGAGAUCUACAGUAGACCUGCUGUGGGACUCUAAAAGGAGAUCUACAGUAGACCUGCUGUGGGACUCUAAAAGGAGAUCUACAGUAGACCUGCUGUGGGACUCUAAAAGGAGAUCUACAGUAGACCUGCUGUGGGACUCUAAAAGGAGAUCUACAGUAGACCUGCUGUGGGACUCUAAAAGGAGAUCUACAGUAGACCUGCUGUGGGACUCUAAAAGGAGAUCUACAGUAGACCUGCUGUGGGACUCUAAAAGGAGAUCUACAGUAGACCUGCUGUGGGACUCUAAAAGGAGAUCUACAGUAGACCUGCUGUGGGACUCUAAAAGGAGAUCUACAGUAGACCUGCUGUGGGACUCUAAAAGGAGAUCUACAGUAGACCUGCUGUGGGACUCUAAAAGGAGAUCUACAGUAGACCUGCUGUGGGACUCUAAAAGGAGAUCUACAGUAGACCUGCUGUGGGACUCUAAAAGGAGAUCUACAGUAGGUUUGCAGAUUAUACUGAACAUUUUUAAAAACAGUCUUGACAAUACUACAAGCACCUAUACCAUUUUGUAUUCAAAGGCAUAAUUAAGCCAUACACUGCAUGCUUAUUUUACCAUUUAGAUAUUAUUUUUUAUAGAAAUCUUUAGUGAUUUUAUUAAAUGAUCUAUUCAAAUGUUUGUACUAUGAAUUUUUAAAAAUAAAAUGGUGUGAGAAAUGUAA